AUGCCGUCAAUCGCAGAAAUCUUCUCGCCCGCCAACAUGGCCAACGACGAGCAGCUGAAACGGGACCUGUACACCCGCUUCAGUCUGCUGGGCAUCCCACUCUAUUAUGUGCUACCGCUCUACCGCGCCUGGGCUUCCGAUGCAGGGCGAACCAUCACAUCCAAUCUGGGCACCGCCAUGAUCCUGUACAUGUUGUACAAAGCUGGCCUCCAAGUCUGGCAAAUGGUGCGUCCGUCCACGCUGCAGGUAUAUUGCCACUCCGAGAAGGGAUCCUGGGCAUUAGUGACAGGUUCGACUGAUGGCAUCGGACGUGCGUUUGCAGAUGAGCUGCUGAACCGCGGUUUCAAUGUCCUCCUGCAUGGCCGCAACAAGGAGAAGCUGGUACGGGUGCAGAAGGAACUCGCUGGCAAGUAUCCACGUCGCACAGUCGACUACGUGGUGGCGGACGCCUCCAGCUAUGAUCGUGUAGAGUUGAACGUGGUGGAGAAGGUGAAGCAGCUUCCCGGCAAGCUAACCAUCCUGGUGAACAAUGUUGGUGGCGUCAACACGUCUCCCGCAUACUGCGCGUUCAAGGACAUGACUGCGGCGGACAUUGACACGCAGAUCAACAUCAAUUCGCGUUUCCCAACACAUCUCACAUCCGCUCUCCUGCCGAUCCUGCAUGAGAACAGACCCGCUCUGAUCAUGAACGCUGGCUCUGCGGCAGGUAAUCUGGGCGUACCAUACAUCGCCACAUACUCGGCUACGAAAGGCUACAUCUUCAGCUUGACCCGUGCUCUGGCCGCAGAAUUGGUGGCGGAGAAGUGGGACAAGGAUAUCGAGAUCAUGAGCCUUCUCAUCAACAAUACUCGCUCUGCAGGCAACACGUCCGAAAUGCCACUCUUCACCAUCGAUGCCAAGGAUUGUGCGAAAGGUGCUCUAGCCAAGGUCGGUUGUGGCCAAAUCAUGGUACAUACGCACUGGAGACAUGCUUUACAAGGCGGUGCAUUCGGGCUGAUACCAGAGAACAUGGUGAAAGGCUUUAUGGGACCGGAGAUGAGGAAGCGAAAAGACGAGGAGGAAGCGAAGCUGAAGGGGCAGUAG